GGCGGCGUUGUCCAUGUUUCUCAUAUGGCGCGAAAACUUACUUUCAUAUGACAACAUGCGGUUUUUUUUUUUUUUCGCACGCUCAGGAGGUCAAAGGGAUGUGAAAAAAAUGUUCACUAAAUUCUGCUUGACUUGUUAAGAAAAUAAUUUGUUUAAUGUUUAAUAAUUAACUAACAGCUCAUUGAUUUAUUAAUUUGGGCGACCAACUUAGAGGCCCGGGUACCCCAGCUAAAAAUGCUUGGGGAGCCCAAAGGGCUCUCUGAAAUUUUCCCUAGAGCACUUCCUUGCAGCCCUGUAGUUAUUGGAAGUAUGAUACAUUACAUGCUAUUGUUAAAUGUGGAAGUGCAUUUUUUGAGGACAUUAGUAAAGGAAUGCAAAUUUUAGUGAACUACCCCAUACUCCUAACAUAUAUGGUGGUAAUAUUGAUGUAAGUUUUGUUUUGAGUAGCAAAGGAACCCUUGUGUGUAACUCAUCUUCUAAUGUAUUAGUCCUUAACAGAACAUCUCCUUCUCUCCUGCACACAUUUGUUGCAUACACUACUCAACUUCCAUUUCCAUCCAACAUACCCGUAAUUCUUUCUUAAACCCACACAUCCCGCGUAAGCGCCUUCGGGCGUCUUCUUGUUGGGCGUUAAAAUUAACAUCGAGAAAUUUGUCACCCAUGAUAUUAUAGAGUGAUUUUACUUAACCCGUGAAAUAGGUAGUAGAAUACUACGCUCUAUUAUGCACUAAUUCUGUUGUCUUCUUUUGUUUAUUUGUAGCUGUUUUGCACUAGUUGUUAUUAACUGUUUCACGGGUCAACUCAUGGAAAAAUCACUCUAACAGAAACUUAAUUUCGUAUACUCGGCCGGAAGCCUGGAUCUGUUUCUUUCAGUGUAGACGAAUGCAUUAAUUGAUGAAUUAAUUAACAAUUAACGAAUGAGGCUGAGUAUCUUAUGAAGAAUCUCCAUAAUUCUUCAUAUGAUACGAAAGCCGAAUUCAAUAAUUGUUUUAUUAUUCAUUCAAAAUAAUUCCUAGUUUAAAAACAUAGCUAAAACAAGCUUACCUGCAUCGAUUUUAAGUUUAUCUUCGAUAGUUUACGUUUAGGUUUGUCCAGCUCCGCAAAUAGCAGAUGUCGCCCUCCGAGUUGUCUUCUUGCUGUUUUUGCUAUGUUUUUAGCCAUUGUUUCGCCUAGUUCCAGCUGUAGUUCUUACUCUUGAAACGAGUGCAGUGUCCGCCAUUUUAUUUUUUACAACGAAAACAACUCAAUCUCGUUACCAGGUCUUCUCGGUUAACGGUGCAUUAACCUGUAGAAGGCUCCCUUUUUGACGUCAUUUCCUCGUUAAACACAAAAUUCUUUAAAUUUGGUCAUCAGUAACUGGUUGUGGUGAAUUAUGCGUGUGAUUCUAGCCAAUCAGAAUUGGGGAAAUAUUUUGAAUGAAUAAUAAUAAUUAUUAAGCUAAUUGAUAAUUUCUAAGCUACGUGCAAACGGACGCAACAACUCCCAACAUUAGGGAGUUUAAGCAACGACGAUGUCAACGGCAACGAUAAAGGCAAAAAAGCAAUAGUUUUAAAUUGACAAAACAACAACUUUGCACUUGCAUCACGCAUUUUUGUAUAUUUCUUUGCCGUCACUGCACGACUACGACGUGAAACGUCGUAAUGUUUUAUGGAGAAAGGGUUUUCUUUUUCUUUUUUAGACAGUCCUUUAGAAUUCAACUGAUAACAAAAUCGCCAACAUUUGACAAGUUAAAAGAGUUGGAAUAAGGGCGAUUAAGUUUGUAACAGCGCGAAUUCACUCUUUGGGUGACGUUUUCGCUGCCGUUGUCGGCCCAAAAAUGUUGGGAGUUGUUGCGUCCGUUUCCACGUAGCUUAAAAGUUUGAAAUUUUUGCAACAAUUCCCAACAAAAUGCAACAACAGGGCUUGCAAACGGACACAACAUGAAACAUCACAGGGCGCCCAGAAUCACAACAGCCUACUGGAAGCCAAAUUAUAAGGAUUUGUAUGGAAAUUUAUUUAAAGAUCCUUUUGUCUGUGUCGUUUUCUUACUGUUUUCUGCCCUACAAGCGCCAUUUUUGUUUCUCAAGUACUAAGAAGAAGACAAGGGAAAACUCGGCUGUACUACGCGGCCGGAGGAAAAAGCUACAAAAAUUACCUUCACUCCACUUCAAUCGCUCCCAAACUUCGCGCGGGUCACUAUAAAGACUUGACAGAAACCGGAAACCGCGCUAGAAAAGUCUCUGGCACCCAGGGUACUUAAGCAUAGACCGAAGAUCUUCCUUCCUUAAAAACGUCAAUUUAGUUCGAAACAUCGAGCCAUGGCCUCAAGAGGACCAGAAAUGUCGCUAAAAAAUUUAAACUUACCGCUUCCGUGCUAGCCUACGUGUAGCCGCACUCUCCCUCCAACAAAGGAGGGGGAGCGUGCGGUUACACGUAGGCUACUUCCGUGCUAGCCUGCGUAGCAGGCGUUUUCGUUUGGUUUCGGAGCAAAAAAAGGCUUAGGUUUUGGCCGCGCGAGAAA